UCCGUCCUGCAGAUCUAUCCCGGACAGAACACAUUUUGGAUAACCUUUUAUAUUAUGGGGAUUUAUUGCGCUUCGACGAUUAAAAGAUUGGAUCACCACUGAAAGAACAUCUGCGUUACGCGCUAGUUAAUCCCGUAACCGUUUUACGCGUGAAGUGAUCGUCGCCUGCGGGAGGAUGAAGGUGACUCUCGGCUCUCUGGUGAUCACAGCCGGGAUCUGCGGGCUGCUGAGCUUCGCAUUCCUGGCCACUUCCCUCGGAACGCAGUACUGGUACAUCAUAGAGAUGAAUCCCACGAAUGUGAGUGACUUUGAGGACAUGAGCUCCCACUCGGGACUGUGGAGCAUCAACGAAGGUGAGAAGAACGUAGACUCCAUUGACUCUUUCACAGCUGACGAGUCCAGAUACUCUGAGACUGAGCUGCACAUGCUGAGUAUGCACGGUGCCAUCGUGGUGGUGCUCCCCAUCAGCCUGGUGCUGCUGCUUUUCGGGGCGAUCUGUGGGCUGGUCAGCUCUCUAGCCCAGAGCCCCCUCCUCCUCACCGGCACCGCCGCCUACUUCUUCAUCUGCA